GUCAAUCGCGAACACACGCGAAUCUGUCUGACAUAAGUGACGCGAACACAGCAAACUGUGACCUAAACAUGUGUCGCACAGCGGCAUCUAGCGGAACACAGCUAAACAGAAUUUACUGUUUUACCGACGCCGCGCGGAAAAUGGAAAAAGAAAAUCUUGAUGAAAAUUAUGACCACUCCUCCUAAUAAGAAAUAUAAGAAUGCCACCAAAAGCUGCUGCCAAAGUUGCCGCCCCUGCAGCGCGACUCCAAAUAAGUGACUCAAGCCUGGUUUAUCUUGCUGAAGAUGCGGUGGAAGGUUUCCAGGAUCGGUUAGACCAAUGUGUCGACUGGAACAUCCGGGGUACAGCUAUUCGUCAUCACCUAGAGUUGUGCCGUAGAGAGGACAUACCUACACUCAAAUUCACCGACGCUCUAAAUAAUAAAAUAAAGAACAGCAUACUCCAUGGUUUUCUUGACGAACACUCGACGCUCACUCUACAAGAACAUUGGGAGACCUUACUGCCUAUGGCUAUAUGGGAUAACGAAAACUGCGGAGUGGAAGAAGCGAAGACGUGCUUCCGAAGUGUCAAUAACAUUACUGACAACUUAUUGCACUUGAUCAAGGAUGCAGUCAAAGCCAAUAAUAGACAAGUGUUGAAAAAACAUUUGAAAACAGUACAUGUAUUAAGGGUUAAUGAUAUUCAGAUGACAGAUUUGGACAGAGGUGUAAAGAAGUACCCAAAACUGGUGACUCUAAAUCUGUGCGGCAACUAUAUUUCAAAUGUCGACGGAGAAAUGCUAGCCAAGGGAAUCAGACUUCUAGAGAUGCAAGCGAAUCGUAUUGCGACAUUGGAAAAUGUCCGCGAACUACCUCAAGAUUUACUUUAUUUAGGACUAGCCAAGAACAUGUUGACCACUGAAGGAAUAUUGCAUAUUUCAAUAUUACCUAAGAGCCUAACUGUCCUAGAUUUGUCUGACAACGACAUCUAUGAUCUGGAGCCGCUAUUAGAACAGCUGGCACUCUUACCAAACCUCACCGGUCUACAACUUGCAGGGAACCCCUGCUCGGUGUGUUGUGCGUAUGCGCGAACAACACUCACAAAACUCCCCCGUCUAAGGUGGCUUGACAACCGCCAAGUCUUGCCAACGGACCGAGCUGAUGAGAACUUUGAACCCCACCCAGACGACUUACGGUCUGCCUACUUCGUCUUCACCGUCAUACGAAUUAUGUCUGCUCCUAUACCACCUAAGCCUGAUAAGGGAGCGACCGGAACUUUCCACGUCAGCCUAGAGCUGCCUUUAUUCGACUCGGUGCGAAGGAAUUUUCUGAUGUUCCGACGAUACGAGUCCCUCACGGAGUUACUGCCAUCUCCAGAAGACGACUUCUAUGAAUCCAUACCCAGCUCAGUGAUCAGCAGCAAAGAGAAAUCUGGCAUUUUUGAAGGUGAAGCAAUGAGCGAAGAGACUGACAUAUUUGCUCGAUUGGAAGCGAAAAGUUCUCGAAUAAUAGAGCAUUUUACAUUAUUCGAGAGCAAUAAGGUGCCGUGGAAUAAGAUAAUGAACUUCCAGGAACCGACUAUCAGAAUAUUCUGCCCGGAUCUGACCGCUCUCAGGGACACAUUCCGAUCAAACAUCACAAUCAAACUCAUCUAUUCCUUGAACACGCCGACGAAGAAACCAGAUAAGAAGAGUGCUAUGGCGAUAAAGCAGCCUCCUGCUGACCAGCAAGUUACAAUAGCUACCAUCAAGUGUAGCCUCCAGACCCUGGACUGGAGUCAAGUGGCGCAGCACUUCUACUGGGAUGACUCACUCAACACAAAAGAAGCUAUGCAUUGGGGUGACGGAGAUCUUUCCGUGAUACAAUACCAACUGACACCUCUUAAACCCACUAAAGGUAAAGAAGAUGCUAAAGAAGUUGCCAAGCAAUCCAUUCCCGAAAACCUCACCUGUCAUUUUGGUUUUGGUAUCGAAACUCUGCGCUAACUUGUUGA